AUGGCAUCACCACAACAACAAAUUCGAAAUAACUUGGAGACAAUUAGUUCAUUCAGUUUGUUCUAUUCAUUUGAGUGGACCACCAAAGUGAGGAACUACAUCGAUAUCCAAAACAACUUACAACAGCUACGUGACCAAAUCACAGAGGACCAUGCUGUGUUAAUGGACUUGAUUAAAGGAAAUCAAACGAAGAAAUAUUGCGCAGACGUCUUACAAUUGAUGGACGACUACGACAACCAAGUCAAACAAGCACAUGCAGAGAUUAUUAUACUUCUCCAAAAACACGACACAGAGGUCAAGAAGGCAAACACCGUCUUCAACGACGCAAACGCAAAAACAAUUAAAGGCGUUGAUAAAAGCAUCAACGACAUCGCAACCACCUUAAAGAAGCUGGCAAAGGCGACUAACGACCAAGUUGACACUGCGAUCCAAAGUACUAAUGCUCUCAGGAACAGAAUUGAAAAUCUGAUGUGA